ACCUCAUGUCGUUCUUGCGUCUUGCGAUUGUCGUUUGCUUGCUCACAGCUCACAUUUCAAUAAUUUUCGCUUUCGUUAAUGCGUGACAGAACAAAGUUGAUUUUUAUGUUAAAAUAAAAAUAACUUAUAUUCGAAAUACAAGUUAUUAGUUUCGAGUUACAAUAUAGAUCAUUAACUUGUGUUGCCUGCGAAAAUAGUGCAUUUGCUGAUGUGAUAUUACUUGAAAUGUCAUCGUAUAUGGCUGGAGUUUUCGAUUUAGAUUUAGAUGUGGAUACAUCGUUGGUUGUUGAAUCAGAUGAAGACGAUAUUAUCGACGUUGAUGAGGUUGAUUAUGAUCCCGAGCUACAUGUGAACAGCAUUGUAGACACUGAGGGAUCUGAAACUAUACAGUUGUGUGAGGACACUGUGAACCCGGGGCAAUGCAAGCGUCUUGGUCCCCAAGAUUUUGAGCUGCGCAAAGUUUUGGGAAAAGGUGGAUAUGGCAAGGUUUUCCAAGUACGAAAAAUCACUGGACCAGAUUCCGGUGCUCACUUUGCUAUGAAAGUACUGAAAAAAGCUUCCAUUGUUCGUAACCAGAAAGAUACGGCACAUACUAAAGCUGAGAGGAAUAUUCUGGAAGCUGUCAAGCAUCCUUUCAUAGUGGAAUUAGUAUAUGCUUUCCAAACUGGUGGUAAACUAUACUUAAUUUUAGAAUAUUUAAGUGGAGGUGAAUUGUUUAUGCACUUGGAGCGAGAGGGGAUAUUCCUUGAGGACACAGCAUGCUUUUACUUAUCAGAAAUCAUUUUGGCUCUGGAACAUUUACACAGCUUAGGCAUAAUUUAUCGUGACCUGAAGCCAGAAAAUGUGCUUUUGGAUGCACAAGGCCAUGUCAAACUUACCGACUUUGGUUUAUGCAAGGAGCACAUUCAAGAAGGAAUUGUCACUCACACUUUCUGUGGCACCAUUGAGUACAUGGCACCAGAGAUCUUGACGAGGAGUGGCCAUGGAAAAGCUGUUGAUUGGUGGAGUCUAGGUGCCUUGAUGUAUGAUAUGCUCAUUGGACAGCCACCAUUUACAGGAGACAAUCGUACAAAGACUAUAGAGAAAAUAUUGAAGGGUAAACUUAUGCUGCCUGCCUACCUCACGCAAGACGCGCGCGACCUCAUCAGACGCCUCAUGAAGCGGUCGGAGACCCAACGCCUCGGGGCCGCUGGCGCCGCCGCGGUGCGUGGCCACGCCUUCUUCAAACAUGUGCACUGGGACGACGUAUUCGCCAGGAGACUAGAGCCUCCUAUUAAACCAAAACUGACAAGUGAGGAUGACGUGUCACAGUUCGAUACAAGGUUCACACUUCAGACACCAAUUGACUCACCUGAUGAGUCAACUCUUAGCGAAAGUGCCAACUUAAUGUUCCAGGGCUUCACGUACGUGGCACCGUCGGUGAUGGACGAGAUUCACAAGCCGCGCGUGAUCACGGCGCGCUCGCCGCGGCGCCCGCGGCCGCACCACCUCGGCGCCUUCGCCAUGCCCAGCUCCACGCAUGCGCACUCACACGGCCACGGCCACGCGCACAACCAACAAGAAGACCUCAUGGAAGUACAAGGUCUACCCAUAUAGUGAGUACCCUAACAUAGAAUAAUUACGUAGUUAAUACAAGAUGAAAAAGAUAUUAUAGGGCAACACAUGACUUGCACUACGGGGUUCUUAUACCCCAAUAAGUUCCAUACAUUUUUCUAUUUUUUGUAAUGUAUCAUGUUGUACUGCUAGAGCCGAUAAUGCUUAAAUUAUGAUCCUUAAAUACCCUAUUGUAAUUGUGAAUUAGCGUGAUAUUAACACAAAUGGCGAAUGAUAGUGUAUCGUAACCAUUUUAAACAAUUAAAACAAUAUAUUUGUCUGUAUGGAACACUUUUUCUAUUAGAUACUGAUUAGUUCUUUAUUGCAUAUUUUAUGGGCUUAUGAUUUUAUAAUGAUUAUUCAAUUAGCAAAAAUUUUUUUAGUUGUUUUUAAUUAUAUUAUGGUAAGAUGGCCGACAUGUAGUCUGCCAUUUAUCCUGUGUAAGGAAUAUGAUGAGUAUUAGAUAUAAUUAUUGUGAUUAAGUUAUUGUUCACAGGCACUGACCAUACUUGUGUAGUUGCCCUCAGGAGUGUAGAAUUGACUGAAAAUUUUUAUUUUCAGGCCUAGAAUAAUACACCUAGUUGACCAUUUUAUACCUAAGGAUGAAUUCAACAAAGAUACGCCCUUGUAACAGUCGAUAAAUAAUGGUACUGUUUUAUACUAUUAUUAUUAAUGUACAUUUUAUAUACGAGUUACCGUUUAGUCUAAACUUUUGCUAGGAAUAUCAUGUGUAAUGAAAUGUUCUAACCACGACUAUUUGACAAAAAGUAAUAAUUUACAAUAUACCUUGUUACCAUGCUUCAUGAAUUAAAAUAAAAGGUCAUUUUUUAUUUUGUAA